CACGCAUGCGCGCACGUCACCGAGCAGGAAGUGCGCGGGCUGACAGGAGGGAGAGAAGAAUCACAACAGAGCGACUCGCUCCGGUUUGACAGCUCUGCUUUGAAACACGCUGCUUUCCUGUGUGUGACCGACAGCCGACAUGUCGCGGAAACCCAAAGAUGAAUAUUACCGAUUCUUCACCGUCUGCGACCCACGAACACACGAGAAGGGACACACCGAGUACAAAGUGACAGCACGGUUUGUGUCCAAGCGUCAUCCGGAGGAUGUGAAGGAGGUGGUUGUGUGGAGGAGGUACUCCGAGCUGAAGAAGCUCCACGGGGAGCUGGCCUACACACACAAGAACCUGUUCAGAAGACAGGAGGAGUUUCCGUCUUUUCCUCCGGCACAAGUCUUUGGGAGGUUUGAUGAAGCUGUGAUUGAAGAGAGGAGGAAGGCUACAGAGGCCAUGCUGCUGUUCACCACCAGCAUCCCUGCACUCUACAACAGCCCACAGCUCAAAGACUUCUUCAGAGGUGGCGAGGUCACCAGACCUCUAGAUCCGACCCCCAUGUCCUCCGCCGGGCCGCUGCCUCCCCCUCUCAUCCCGCUCCCCAAGCGAAGGGCCUCGGACUGUGAACCUGCAGAGGAAGAGGAGGGGAGGGAGGCUCCCCCCUUACCCCAGGACUUGGGCACUAAUGUGGGCUUGGAGGUGGGAGAACCGGAGGUGGCGGCUGAGGCCUACAGCGAGAUGGGAGGCUCUCCGAGGGCAGAAGAACCAGAGGAGACAAGCGAUCCAGAGCUGGAUGACAGAAUCCCGUCCCCACCCACAGACCUCCUCUCACCGGAGGCCCAGGAGGAAGAAUUUGAUUCACUGUUUGACUCGGUGGCAGAAGUCCCGCCGCCGAAGGAGGACGGUCCACCUCCGCUGUCUGAUAACGACCUGGCUGUGUUUGAUCCCUGCUAUAAACCAGAUGGAGCCAUUUCCUCCAGCGACCACUCGGAGUUGCUCUCUCUGCCGCCGACCAGUCUGAACGGAGGGGACGCGGGUUACCUGAACCAGGCCGCCAGCGAGCUGACGGCUGCGAUGGAGAAGGAGAAGGAGGGGGAGUUUAGCAGUGCCAUCUGCGGGUACAGGACGGCGGUGGAUAUACUGAUCACUGGAGUGCAGGGAGACCCAGAUCCAAUACGCCGGGAGUCCGUGAUGAGAAGGACGGCCCAGUACCUGAAGCACACUGAGAUGCUGGUUGACAGGCACUCCUCACCAACCCACACUCAGACACCUGCACACACACAUUCACAGGACUCUUAGACACACACACGCGUAUUUAUACACACUGUUCACACACAUGAAGACGGAUCAAAGAUGCAGAAGCUCAGGGUUGUGACAUACAUACAGAAUGAGAACACACACUCGUCUGGAUCACAGCAUUCAGAAAGAAACCACCACACACACACACACAGACACACACACACACACACACACACACACACACACACACACACUCCUGAGGUACACACUACUCCACAGACUGUUUCUGGAGCCUUCCUUUGUUUAAUGAAAAAUCUGUGAUUUACAAAAUUGAAGUAUCUGGAAACUGCAAGUAACCGUACAUGUAACGGAUCACUGGAUCUUUUCUCUGACAUUGUUUUCUUUUUUUCAACAUAAUAAUGAUUAUGUACAUCAGUCAUUCGCAUUUUGCACAAUGUUUUUGUUAAUAAAUAUGAAUCAAACUGAAA